AUGAUCGCAUCCUUGGAAGAAGCAACAGUUGAUAUGUUAAUCGAUGCUGAUUCAAGGCAGUGGAACCCGAACCUGGUUGAUGGAAUUUUUGCUCCUGAAGAAGCUGCAUUAGUAAAAGAAAAAUCCCAUUGCAAGUCAGGUUGCAAGUUUCUAAAAGAGGAGGCUAAGGUGCAAACUUUGGCUGACUUAGAAUCUCAAGACAUAGGUCUAUGGAAGGGGAUUUGGGCUCUUAAGGUUCUGAAUAAUGUGAAGAAUCAUCUGUGGAGAGCCUGCCAGAAUUCACUACCAACCAAAACCAAUCUAGUACAUCACACUAUCAUUGCUAACAACAUAUGUGAUCGCUGUCAUGGUGCUGUAGAAACCGUGGCCAAUGCUCUGUGGGAAUGCCCAAAACUUGAUGUGGUUUGGAAUGAUGCAGCUUUGUGGGAUUUUCAUUUCACUUCUGAGUUCGUCGACUUCAAACACCUGGCGGCAUGGAUUAUAGCUCACCAAAAAAAUUCUGAAAUGUUUGCCAUGCUAGCUUGGGCGAUUUGGAAUCAAAGCAACAAGGAAUUCAAAUCGGUGCAACCAAUUCCUCUACCACCAGUGGUAGUUCCGCGUGCUCGUUGGAAACCACCAUCAGCGGAUUUUGUCAAAAUAAAUGUCGAUGGAGUGGUUUUCCCCGAUGAAAACAAAUCUGGCAUUGGGGUAGUUAUUCACAACCAUCAAGGACAAGUGCUAGCCUCACAAUCAUUGAAGCUUCAUCAAGCAUAUAGUCCUGGUGUUAUAGAAGCUAUGGUUGUUCAUAGUGGGAUCACAAUAGCUUCGAACAUUGGAUUCCACAAAGCUGUGGUGGAAGGUUACUCAAAGGUUUCCAUGACAGUACUGCAACAAGGGAGGGAGAUUUUAACACCAGAUGGUUUGUUGAUUGAAGAUAUUCGCCUUAGCUCUACGCUUUUCACUCAAUUACACUACUCUCACACUAAGAGGGAGGAUAAUAAGGUUACUCAUAGUCUAGCUAGAUAUGUUUUACAUGUAUCUGACGCUAUUGUUUGGAUGGAAGAUGUUCCACCACAAGUUGUCUCUGUUUUACGGGCUGAUUUAGCCAACAUUCAUUAA